GCCACCGCUCCGCCCCGGAGGGGGCGGCACCGGCCGUCGAGGCGGCGUCGCCACCGCAUUUCUACCCCCCCCCGCACCCGCAACAGACGGUGCGGCGCCUGUGGGACGCGGGUGUUCAGGGGACAGGAAAGAAGCAUGAUCAAGAUGAACUGCAUCCUGUUAUCCGCCUGCCUGGUUCUGGUUGCUUUUUGUAGUUCUGGUUAUGCCCUGAGGUGUUACCACUGCGACAACAGCCCUACCUUGUGCAAGAGCAACAGCACUUGCUUACCGAAUGAAGAUACUUGCUUGCAGUUGAAAUUUGGUAAAUUGAGAACUUCUGCCUGCUGGAAGGCAUCCCAGUGCAGCGUGAAUGAUAUUGCUGAAUACUUCCAGUUGGAUAAUUUUGAAUUCUUUUGCUGCCAACACGACCUGUGCAAUGGGGGUGCAAUUACUGGGGUUAACAAAGCAGCCCUCACUCUUGCCUCUGCGGUGACCAUGUUAUGGAUGCUUCUGUAACAAUCCUCAUUUGUAUGCCCUACUGUCGAGCUGAAAUUAAUACAAAAUCAUUAACUCUUUUCUGAAUUGUACUUCUCGCAUUUUCAGUUUCUAACUGUGGGCUGAAACAUUCCCUUUUAGUUUUAAAUUCUGUUUGCUAAGGUUCUAUCUGUUAAAUCACUGUCUCCAGUCAUGGGAAGGAGAUGUAUAUUGUUGCCAGUUAUGGGGAAUUCAGGCAUUUUGAUCUGCCAUGCUCAUGGGGAAAAGAAUUUAAGAAGUAGUGUUAUUUUGUGGAGAACCUGGGCAAACUUCAGUGGGUGAUGUGGAAGGGAAGGAAUACUCCAGGUUUUAUGCUGGAAAACUAUCAUUUCUUACCAUCCCAUAAAUGGUGAUUGGUUUUGGUUGGGAUAUCUGUGGGGUUUUUUUGGUGAGUUUGGAAAUAUUGGUUUGAUGAGUAUGGAAAUACUUAGUUUCAAGUGUUGUAGAGUCUUUGUUCCCAUCUCUGUAAUUAUUUUUUUUUUCUUUUUACAAGCCAAUGAUAUAACCUUGUAAGUACUGUUAUUUCGAGAGAAAACAUCUACAUUUCUUAAACUAAAACAAUGCUAUAUAAGUGAGGAACACUUUUGCCUCUUUUUAUAUUUCUGUGAGCACACAGACAACACAUGCUAGCUUCUUUUGCAAGCUUUUUUUUUUCUCCCUUAUGCUUUGUCCAUGCCUAGGAUUUUAACUAAGCAUGUGCUUUGCACUGAGUAUUUAUUGUUAUACUGGAAAUAGUUUAUAAAACGCUAAGGAAUUGAAAUGGCACGUCUAGAUUGUUUUCCCACAGUUAGCUUCUUGGUUUUUUUGUUGGGAAACAGUGCCGUGUAAACUUAACCCUUCGAGCUUCUACCUAAGAGUAUUAAACAAAACCUUGCAGAAGUUUAUAUUUUUACUUUUACGCGACUCUAUAAACGCCGAUACAAAAUAUAUGUGUAUUAUAUAGCAUGUAUAAAACCCGCUUGGUUUGUAUGCGUGAGAGGUCUGGAGCUGAAAUAUUCUGUUCGUUGCUCUGCCUCAGCGGUGGAGAUGGACCUUUGAGACUUCUCCAGUACUUGGGCACCCUCGCAGUCAGGUACAAUGUCAGAUUCUCCUUUUUUCUCUCCUGGAGCACUUGGCACGUCCCUGCAAGAGUCGUGGCCCGUUGCCAAUGGCAUAUUCUCUUUCUGAGCUUGUGCUCUGCGGGGUGCCAGUGACACCAGUCACAUCACCCAGUCAUAACCAAGGGUGUCACGCCAAAUCCGUGAUGUGUUCUGCCGAUGUAUCUUUUGGUUAAGCUUAGCUGAGCUGUGAAACCAUCCUGGGAUCGCUCUGAUCACUCGAAAUAGGGAAGUCGUGCUGUCUUUGAUUAAUAAAAAAAGUCAAAAAGGAA